AUGGUUUCUCGACGCGCCAUUGUAACAAUUCCCUUUGUGGUCAAUCUCCUUUCCAAGUCUCUACUGUUCUGUAUUGGCUUGACAUUGACCAUGGCUGACUACGCUGAGAAGCGCAGCGAAGUCGCUGGCGCUCAUCAUGAGCCUCGCGGUGGCAUCAUCAACGAGAAGGAGGGCAUGCAUGAGACUGUCGAUAUUGAUCAUGCCGUUGCCGCUGCUGACAACGAGCUUGCCGAGCACGAUCUGAACGUCACCGAGGACGAUUUGCUCGAGGCCAAGGAGCUCGCUGCCACUUUUACUCUCGAGGGCACCCGCACACUCAUGCUGCAGGUGUACAAGCUGCACCACCGCGAUCCCAACUUUCCUCAGACCAUUCUGGAGCGAAUUGAAGAGUUUCUCCACAACGAGGAUGUGUUUGACAACCCGGAAAAGCACGAGCAGCUGAUCGCCGAGAUGAAGAUUGAGGCGGCGCUCAUCACCAACAACUCGCCGUACGCCGAGGUGCGCGCCGUCGUCAGCAACCACGACGACCCGGAGAUGCCGUGCUCGACGAUCCGCGCCUGGGUCAUUGGCAUCUUCUUCUCCGUCGCCGUCGCCUUCAUCAACGGCUUCUUCGAGAUCCGCCAGCCGGCCAUCUCCGUCACCGCCAACGUGCCCCAGCUGCUCGCCUACCCGGUCGGCAAGCUCUUUGAAAAGGUGCUCCCGGACAUUGGCUUCACGCUCUUUGGCGUCCGCCACAGCCUCAACCCGGGGCCCUUCAACCGCAAGGAGCACAUGCUCAUCACCAUCAUGGCCUCCAUCUCCAGGUCCUCCCCCUACACAAACUACAUCAUCUGGAUCCAGUACCUGCCGCAGUUCUUCAACCAGACCUGGGCGCUAAGCUUUGGCUACCAGAUCCUCAUUGCUCUGUCCACCAACUUCAUCGGCUACAGCCUGGCGGGCAUCUGCCGUCGCUUCCUCGUGUACCCGUCGUACUGCGUCUGGCCGCAGUCGCUCGUCACCAUAGCCCUGAAUUCCGCCUUCCACGGAGACACGAACCCUGCCGUGGCCGGUCCCUUCAAGACCUUCUGGCGCAUGAGCCGUCUCAAGUUCUUCGGCCUCGCCUUUUCCGCCAUGUUUGUGUGGUUCUGGUUCCCCAACUACAUCUUCCAGGGCCUGGCCUACUUCUCCUGGAUGGUCUGGAUCGCGCCCGACAAUGCCAAGCUGGCCGUCAUCACUGGCGGCUUCAGCGGCCUCGGCCUCAACCCUCUGCCCACCUUUGAUUGGAACAUUGUCACAUACCUCUGGGAUCCCCUCAUGCUGCCGUUCUUCAGUAUCGCGAACAACUUUGCCGGCAUGGCCAUCACCCUGCCCGUCAUCGCCGCCAUGUACUACAGCAACGUCUGGGGCGCUGCUUACCUUCCCGUCAACUCCAACAAGCCGUAUGACCGCUUCGGCAAGCGCUACAACGUCACUAGUAUUCUUGAUGACCGCGGCAUCAUGGAUAUCGAAAAGUACAAGGCCUACUCUCCCCCUUACCUCUCCUCUGCCAACACCGUCGUCUACAUGAUCUUCUUUGCCGUGUACAGCGCCGUUGUCACCUACGCUGCUCUCUUCCACCGCACGGAGAUUAUGAUGGGCUUCCGCGACUUGUUCAACAGCUUCCGUCCGUCCAAGAGAAAGGAAGUCGAGGAGGGCCGUGUUCUCGACGUCCACAACCGCCUGAUGAAGAAGUACAAGGAAGUCCCUGAGUGGUGGUACUUUAUCACCCUCGUCUUUGCCGUCGCUGUUGGCUGUGCUGCCAUUGCGGUCUACCCCACGUACACCUCUGUCGCUGUCGUCUUUUAUGGCGUUAUCAUGUGUCUUAUCUUCGUCGUCCCUGUCGGCAUUGUCUACGCGAUGACUGGUGUCGAGGUCACCCUUAACGUCCUUGCGGAAUUCAUCGGUGGCUCCUUUGUCGAGGGCAACGCCCUCGCCAUGUGCUUCUUCAAGUCGUACGGCUACGUCACCUGCGCCCAUGCCCUGGCCUUUAGCAAUGACUUGAAGUUGGCUCACUACGUCAAGAUUGCCCCGCGCUUCACCUUCUUCGCGCAAAUGGUUCCCAGUCUCGUCACCACCUUUGUCUACAUUGGUAUUGUCCAGUUCCAGGUCCACCUGAAGGACGUCUGCACCCCUGAUGCUCCCUUCCGCUUCUUCUGCCCUGGUGUCAACACCUUCUUCACUGCCGCCGUUCUGUGGGGUACUGUUGGUCCCAAGCGUCUCUGGGGUGUUGGCGGCACUUACACUGUCACCCUCCUCGGCUUCCCUCUUGGUGUUGUCAUUGUGCUCCUCUUCUGGCUGGCCGGUAAGAAGUGGCCCAAGAGCGCCUUUGUUCGCAACAUUCACCCCGUUGUCAUGAUGAACGGUGGUUUGUCCUGGGCGCCGUACAACAUCUCGCAGAUGUGGCCCGCCGUUCCCGUUGCUGCCUUUUCCUGGCUCUUCGUCCGCAAGCGUUUCCUCGGCUUCUGGUCCAAGUACAACUUUGUGCUGUCUGCUGCCUUUUCCGCCGGCAUGGCCAUAUCUGGUCUAAUUCAGUUCUUUGGCUUGGCUUACAACGGUACCGAGUUCAACUGGUGGGGAAAUGCCAUCGUUGGCUCCGGCUGCGACGAUGGUGUCUCGUGCCCUCACAUGACGCUGGCCAAGGGCGAGUACUUUGGACCUGGGCCCGGAGAAUUCUAA